AGCGGAUCAAAACUUGUCGUCAACACGCUGAUCCCCGCUCGGAGAAGUGGGACGUGCGCUGCUGAUACUCUUGUGGUUUUCUUUCCCUUCCGGAGCCGAUUAUCUCUUUACAUCAUAGAUUUGUCUCCGAGAAAGAGAAAGAAAAGAUGCCGCUGCUCCACAAAAAGCCGUUCGUGAGGCAGAAACCACCCGCGGAUCUCAGACCCGAUGAAGAAGUCUUCCUUUGCAAAUAUACACACGAAAUCUUCAGGACAUACGAUGAAUUCUUUGAGAGGACUAUUCUGUGUAACAGUCUGGUGUGGAGCUGUGCAGUGACAGGGAAGCCCGGCCUGACCUACCAGGAGGCUUUGGAGAGCGAGAAAAAAGCCAGACUUAGUCUUCAGAACUUCCCCAAUGCUCUAGCCGUCCCCCUCCUGCACCUGACAGCACUUACACACCGCUCACGCCUGCAUGAGAUAUGUGAUGAUGUUUACGCCUAUGUUAAAGACCGAUUCUUUCCUGGAGAAAUGGUGGAUAUUACCAGUCGCUCAACCAGGCAGCUCUGCAAAAUAUUGGAAGUUAUACCUCCGUAUUCCAAUGGCGCAGUCAAUGGCCACACCAAACACCGCAUUGAGGGGGAUUCAAUAGUGAUCAGUGACAGCGAUGACGAGCCCACAGUCACUUCACCCAAAACACCAUCCAAUGGCAAGAAGAAAAAGGCCAUCAACCCAUCUUCAUUUAAAUACAGAGUUCAGCCUGUUAGCCCAGAGGCUUGCGAACCAGUAAUAGUAAAAGUUGCUCAAAUGAGUCGAAAAAAGAGCAUUUUCAGUCGAGACAGAUUGAAGCUUUUGCUUAAACAGCAUUGUGAACCAAUGCAUGGGACCAUUAGAGUUAAGCCAUCAUCAGCUUUACAAUACAAGUUAGCCGAACACAGUUUUUCCCACUUCUUCCCGGACGAGCCCCCAGUAUUUACCUUCAGUCCACCAGGGAAGGGCAGAGGUCGCCCUCCUAAUAAUGCCUCUUCAACGGAGAUAAAUUAUAUUGAAGAGAAGCUCAAAUUGAUGCAGCAGAAAGAGCAAAUGAUGUCAAUGGAAAAAUUCAGAAAAGAAAGAGAUGAUCUAAUAGAGGCUAAGAAGAAAGAAAAAGAGGACAAGGAGAAAAAGAAAGAGGAGAUGAAGAGGAUUCUUGAAGAGGAGAAACUGAGAAGGAAAGAGGAGAGGGAACGAAUGAAGGUCGAGAAAGAGAGGGAACGAGAGAAGCUAAAAGAAGAAAAGAAAAAAUAUGCUGAACGACUAAAGCUAUGGAGUAAACCUCGAGAGGACAUGGAGUGUGAUGACCUGAAGGAGCUGCCAAAACCUAUUCCAGUGAAGACGCGUCUUCCUCCAGAGCUGUUUGGAGAUGCUCUGAUGGUGCUCGAGUUCCUGCAUGCUUUCGGAGAGCUGUUUGAUUUAAAAGAUGAGUUUCCUGAUGGUGUAACACUUGAGGUGCUGGAGGAGGCUGUGGUGGGCUCUGAUCCUGAGGGACCGCUCUGUGAGCUGCUCUUCUUCUUUCUUUCUGCAAUAUUCCAGGCUUUAGCAGAGGAACAAGAAGAAGUGGCCAAAGAUCAGUUGGCAGAAGAUCUGAGUGAAGCUCUGGACGAUGAUGCUGACCCCACACAGUCUGCCAUUAGUGCUGUGGCAUCUCUUGCUGCUGCCUGGCCACAACUGCACCAAGGCUGUAGUCUGAAGCAGUUGGAUUUGGACAGCUGUACUCUCUCUGAGAUUCUGAGGCUGCACAUCCUGUCUUCAGGAGCCGACUGCGGCUUCACCAAUGCGAAGUUCCGCUAUCAGAAACAGGGAGGCUUUGGCUCCACAGACGACCCCUGUGUGGAGCUGCGCCUGUCAAAUCAUGGCCUGCUCAAAAAGCUCUCCUGCACUUCUGUUUAUGACCUGCUGCCUGGAGAAAAGCUGAAGAUCCUCCAUUCUAUGUGUGGAAAACUGCUGACAUUAGUUUCCACGAGAGAUUUUAUUGAGGAUAAUGCUGACGAACAGCGAGCUGCCAAACAGGAACUGCGAGAGCUUAAAGCUGAACAGCAUCGCAGAGAGCGAGAGGAAGCUGCAGAGAGGGUUCGAAAAAGAAAGGAGGAGAAGCUGAGGGAACAGGAACUGAAGUUGAAAGAAAAACAUGAAAGACUUAAAGAGGAGGCCAAAAAUGGAGGUCAAUUGGCAGGAGAGGAGAUGGACACCAGCACAGAGAGUCAGGAAGGUCACGCUGAGCAACACACAGAGGAUGAGGAGGAGCAACCUGCCAAAUCUAAAAAAGUGAAGAAAACAAAUGGCACAACAAAAGAGAAACCGUCCGGUGAGGUUGAAAUGAAAGACAACCUGAGCCCAGAAGAGCUACAGCUACAGCAGCUCAAAGAGAGAGAACUUCUGGAGCGCAUUCAGCAAGCCAUGGCCUGUACCUAUAUUCUACCUCUCGGCAGAGACCGCCUCUAUCGCCGUUACUGGAUAUUCCCUUCUGCCGGGGCCCUGUUUGUUGAGGAUGACUUUUUCGGGCUGACAGAAGACAUGCUAGAGCCCCGUCCCACUCCCGAACCCAAAAUUGAAGAAGUUCUCUCAGCUGAGAGCCCCGUUAAGACAGAUGGUGCCACUGAAGAGCUGGUGCUGGUCCAAAACACCUCACCCCCAGUCAAUCGGCCCAAUCAGUGGUACUUUUACAGCACAACUGAAGAGGUAGAACAGCUUAUAGAGGCUCUGAACCCUCGUGGACUCAGAGAGAGCUCCCUCAAAGAGACUCUGACGCUGGAGAGGGGCCGCAUUUUUCAGCUAAUGGAAAGCAACGCUGCUCAGCGCUACCAUCACUCAGGUGAAUCUCUGCCAGAGACAAAAGGCAGUUCGGGAAAAGCAAAAGUUGGCCCACAAAGCACUGUACCUGCUGAGUGCUUCAUGGAGAAUCGUCUUCGAGAUCUAUUAUUGGAUAUCGAGGACCGCAUAUAUCAGGGAACUCUUGGCUCAAUUAAAGUGAUGGAGAGAAACUCAUGGCGAGCUGCGCUCGAAAAUGGGAACUAUGAACUAUUAGACCCUGACUUCAAAGAGUAUGGGCUAACUGACCGAGAAGAGGAGCCAAUGGAGAUUGAGGAGAAUCACAGAGUCAAAGACAGGCUGCAAGAACUGAAGGUGGAGGGUCAUAGUGCCACAUCCACUAGUGUGAGCACACCACAACCCGUGAAUAAUGUCGUUCACUGCUUGGCACAUGCCCUUGCACAGGUGGAGCAGGGCAUAGAGCGCAAGUUUCUGAAAGCUCCACUAGGUGAUGAGGAUGCCAAAAAAGACCAGAAGGCAAAGAAAAAGGACAAAAAAAAGGAUGAUGACCAAUCCAGUGAGAAAGACGAUGGUAGUGAAAGUGGGCGGCAGGUGAAGACUGUGCAAGAACGCUGGCGCGAGUCUCUUUUGGCUUGCACCAGCCUCUCUCAGGUUUUCUUGCAUCUCUCCACACUUGAGCGCAGUGUAGCCUGGGCCAAAUCUAUCCUGAACACCCGCUGUAAGGUUUGCCGUAGAAAAGGAGAUGCUGAGAACAUGCUUCUAUGUGACGGCUGUGGCAGAGGCUAUCAUAUCUUCUGUGUUCGGCCAAAACUGAAGGCUGUUCCUUCUGAAGACUGGUUCUGUCCCGAGUGUCGUCCCAAACAGCGCUUAAAUAGAAUCAACUCCCGCCAACGUUCCUCUGUGGACUCGGAAGAAGAAAUGGAGGAUGAGGAGGAGUCUGAAGAAGAGGACGAAGAAGAAUCUGAAGAGGAAGAAGAGUCAGAGGAGGAACAAUCAGAGGAGGAAGAGGUACCUAAGAAGGCUGCGGUCAAACUUCCUCUACAGAACAAUAAAGGAGGUCGUUCGAACAGCAAAUCAAAACAAGCUGAAUCCGCUAAUUCCACGUCCCGCUCGCAGCAGAACACACCCAAACAGAGCCAGCCUGCUAAUAAAGGAGGGUCUAAAAACUCAGGGAAGAAAGCCACCCCAGUGUCCAAUGGCAAACCUCCAUCUCGGGCAGGAAACCGCUCUAGUGCUCGUCUUAGUUUAGAGGUGAUCUCCACUAAUGACACGACAGGGAAAUCCGAGCAGUCCAGUCCUGCUGCAGGGAAUGCAGAGUCCAGGAAGAGGCCCAUUACUGCAGAGGUCUCCCCAAAAUCCAAAAUCAUCUUGGCCCCAACCACCACUUCAUCAAGUCGUCGAAGCUCAGGGAGAAACUUGGGCGUCCACGAGCUGUCUGCCUGUGAGCUGCUCUCUGUGGAUCUGGUCAGACAUGAGGACAGCUGGCCCUUCAUGAAGCUAGUGUCCAGAACUCAGGUGCCUGAUUAUUAUGACAUAAUCAAAAAACCCAUUGCCUUGAGCACAAUCAGGGAAAAGGUCAACAACUGUGAAUACCAAACUGCUGCGGAGUAUAUUGAGGAUGUAGAGCUCAUGUUUUCCAACUGUCUGGAGUACAACCCGCAUAACACCAAUGAAGCAAAGGCCGGUCUCCGGCUCCAGGCUUUCUUCCAUUCAGAGCUUCAGAGACUCGGCCUGGCUGACCGCAUGACCCCUCCACAGAAACGACCACGGAUGUAAACAAGUCCGUCUUUCCCACAAAUCCACCGACUGGCCAAGACUUGAAGGCCAGUUCAUAAUCUGCUCUCUAAUUAUUUUGCUCCGUGGCAUUUGAGGAAUGUUUAUGAACAUUCCAGCGUGGUGUGUGACUCGAUAAAAUUCUACAUAGCUCUUGUUCACAGGAAAAUAUAUUUGCAGAAUGCACUCUUGACUGAUUUCAAGCGACGUUUAUCUUCACAGCCAGUGACGGGAGUAUUAAUUGGCCUUUAAUCCUAUGGAUAAGUCUUUUAAAGCAGCAGAAAGGUAAAAUAACUAUGCUGUGAAGAAAAAAAGUUAUUUGCACUGUAUUCUGAGAAGUUUUUGCGUUCACAGUAACUCAGGACAAAAAGCAUGUGUACGUUUUGGUUUGUUCUUUUGUCUGAAAUUUAAAAAUGGUGCAUUUUUUUGUGUUUAUAACUUGACUGCAUUUCUAGACUACUAUUUUGUAUAGAUUUUUACACACCCGAGUGACAAUAAAUUAAGUCUUGCAUCUCAAAAGGAGCAAAUAGAAUUGGUUUUGUAGUUGUGAAUAGUUGUAAAGAUUCAAGUUCCUCCUGUCGGGUCCCUAUAGCUUGCUUAAACACUAAGUAGGAACCAGACCAUCUCGUUUCACUGUUUUCCUUCUCAGCUUUUGGUUAUUUAUUUAGAUUUGGGUAUAAUUUGCUUGCUUUAUUUAUAAGAUUGUCUUUAUAGGUUGUUUGUCUUUUUUUUUCCUUUUCUCUGUACUUCAGAAAGCUGAAUGAAUCAGUUUGUUUAUCUCUCAUUGGUCUUAAGAUUCAUUUUACCUGCUGUGUAAUUCUUUUUUUCCAGAUGUAAAAUAAAUUUUGUUAAUAUUUGGCUUGA